CCAUUAUAUAGCUUCACACAGUUAUUCAUCUUUCAUAUACUGACACAUCACCCGAGCUCAAGCAAAAGUGACAUCCGUCCCAAGUAUUACGCCAUCCAGACAUUUUGUCAACCGGUCUUAACAUCAGUCAAAAUGAAAACAAUUGCACAAUCCAGCGGCUUAAUGAGGAUAAAGUUGUCGAGUGUGUGUGUGUGUAGGAGAGUGUGUACGCGCGCGCGCGCGAUUGAGAGAGAAAGCGAGCGGGAGAAAGAGACAUGAAUUACCACUCGGAGCCGCUCCUUCCGAACAGCGAGCGCGGCCGUGCGGGAGAGACGAGGGACUCGCGGGAACACGAUGAAACUAACUUCUGAAGCUCUGAGCAAUCCUGCAUGGAGGGAAGCUGGAGCUGGUUACUCACAGAGGGAGCACACGCUUGGGCCGGCCCCCAACCACAGCGCUGCAGUAAUGAAAUGGAUCGCACAGUUACAGAGGCCCAAAUCAGAUCUGCAGCGGCAGAUUAUCUGAAGCAGCGCCCCAGGGGAGUCUGAGGCGGGGGUACCUACAGCAGACGACGUUCCACUUCACCGUCCAUUUUUCACAGCACUUUGUUUUAUUUGAGGACAGCGCAAUGAAUGUGAAGUGAUUUCAGUCCAAGCAUUUGAGGCGGUACUGCAGUGCGUUUGGGUAUGGUUGGGACUACCCAGACUCUACGUUCAGAGACAUCCCGAUGUGCUAUCCGGAGGUUCUCUCCUUCCGGUUACUCACUAUGGUUGUAUGUGCUGAAAGAUUCAGGUUAAGCCCCUUGGGCCUUGUUCGUGUAGGCCAAACCCUGAGAACCUUCCAGCCGGUAGACGAGCUGAAGAAGGGUCCGUUCUCCCUGCAGGCUGGUGUGGUGGAGUACAGGGCGGUGGAGCGUGGUGUAGAGGUGGAUAUUAAGCUCUCUGCAGCCGACAGAGCUGACCUACCUGUGUGGGAAGCCAAUGUGACACUGCUCUCCAGAGACACCCAGCACAUAACGAGCAGGCAGCCUCCAGCCCAAGGGCUUCUGGACCCAGAGCCGGAGGAGGUGAAGGCGGUGGAGAUCUCCGUGCCCUGGUCCACCGGGCUGAGGUGUGCUUGGGCGUCCGGUGAUUACUCCCCCCAGCACCUCCUCCCUGUCACCGCCCGGCUGCUGGGCUACAGGCGCCCCCUCGCUCCCAGCCUGUGGGUGCUGUCCAAAUGCCUGGCUGAAGUCGAAAAGCACAAAGGAGCUGAUGCUGUCCGAGCCCCAGUCUGCAUGCGUGUCUGGUUCAGUCAGCCAUUGUUCCUGCCUGGGAAGGCCGCUGUCAGGCUCUGGGAAACGGCCCCAGGGGCCCCAGGGGCCACGGGUCCCUCUCACAGACACUGCGCCUUUCAAAUGGAGGACAGCCUGGGAACGCCGUGCAUUGUGGGAGAAAUCGGCAGGUUGGAGCAGUAGCCUUAGUAAGCCUUCAGAUGAUCUCUACAACGUUCGGAGAAUCUGCCCCUUCCUCACCCCCUACUCGCCCCCUACUCAUCCCAUACUUAACCGCUACUCAGCCCAGCUCUUAGCCCAGGUACUGAUCACCUCCCGUCUGGACUGCUGCACCUCCCUGCUCACUCGCCACCCUGCCUUCCCCAUCAGGCCUACCUAUAUCAGCUCACAUCACAUGCACAACCCUGGUGCUAACCUACUGGCUGCUAAAGGGACAGGCCGGCUAUAUUGUCAAAAAGGUCCUCAGACCCUAAACACCUCUUCAGACUACACUGGCUCACCGCGUCUCUAAUGGUUUGUGAUCGUUGCUCACUUUAAAUUCACAGCUGUUGCCGAGUCACUCAGUCUGUUAAACCGCUGUGUUUGGGUGCCGUGUCAGGCUGUGUGGCCUGCUCGUCACCUACGAAACAGCUACCUAGUUACAACCCUAAGCUUACAGUCAUUUACA